AUGGCGGGUCUGUCCGUCGGCGUCAAGGCUCCUCUGUACAUAGUUGUCUUCUCUCUGUUGUGUUUAGCUUUUUACUAUCUACUAAGUGGUAAUGGAUUUCGCUUCGACAUCGGGUGGUUCCUCGAGGGCAUUUCCCCCUAUCUCUGGGCAUGCGUUGGUGUUGGAUUGGCAAUUUCUCUGUCAGUCGUUGGUGCUGCGUGGGGAAUCUACAUUACCGGGUCAAGUAUUAUCGGUGCUGGGGUAAAGGCCCCUCGAAUACGUACCAAGAACCUGAUCAGCAUCAUUUUUUGCGAAGCUGUUGCUAUUUACGGCAUCAUCAUGGCUAUCGUUAUUGGUAACCAGAUCGAGCCCUUUGAUCCCCUUGUUGCGUCCAAUGCGGUGAUCCGGGCCAACUAUCUUGCGGGCUAUGCUAUGUUCGGCGGAGGUUUGACUGUGGGUUUCAGUAACCUCUUCUGUGGCAUCUGCGUUGGUGUAGUCGGUUCGGGUGCUGCCCUCGCCGACGCCGCUAAUCCGUCCCUCUUUGUCAAAAUUCUCAUAAUUGAGAUCUUUGGUUCCGCUAUCGGGCUUUUCGGAGUCAUCGUUUCUAUCCUCCAGACUUCGCGAAUCCGUAUGGGCAACAAAGCCGUCUGA